UCGUCGAGCUCCCAGGGAACGCCCCUUAUCCCGGUACCAUAUUUAACGAGCUGGCACCGAGUUAGCAGGCUUGUGUGGAGACUCAUCAGAAUGGUCAGCAAGGAGUGCAUGUCCCUGACGUCACUACUGGUGGUCGUGCUGCUAGCCUCGUCUGUGGUUUGCAAAGAUGAACACUACCACGAUAAUCUGUCAGACAGAGAAGUAAACAAGAGGAUUUCCAUCUACAACUGGAGACUUCUGUACAAGUUAUACAAACUAAAACCUGGCCUUUUCUUCAGAUCUAGAACAGGGAGGGCGUCAUCUAUCACCCAGGAAAACGACGGUCUGCAAAAGUCUCCAGAAUCGAUAAAUACACCGAAACAAGGCGAAUCCCCGUAUGUACCGUUACUGACAUAUUUGUUUACUUCUAGCCACCUAUUGACUAACGAUGAAAACGAGGCUCCAAAGGCCAAGAGAAACAUUGGGCGAUGGAGGAACACGAACUGGAUCUACUCUAUACGCCCAGAGAAACGUAGAUUCAGCAGCCCUUACAGAAAGAAAUAGCUACAGUACCAGCCAUUGAAAAACUAACAAAAGUACAUUUAUAGUAUAUGUAUCCCCAUUACUCCCCACAUUCCACAUUUAUGGAGAUAGUUUGAGCAUCUGCGAAAACAAUUUGGAACUUCAUUGUAUUAUCCUAAACAUAUAUUUUGUAUAUCAUUGUAAGCAUGAAUAAACAACGAAGUUAAAUCGGUAACAUGUGUUAAUUUAAACACGAUUGUAAAUACACUGCUUUCACUGCUAUAUCUAUGGCACGACAUAUAUAUUCACAAAAAAGAGCUUAAACUAUAUAGUUUUACAGACUUACAGUUUAUAAAAUAGGUUUAUUUAAUACAAUCCAUAAACCUACAUGAAGUUUACUUUGGAACUAUGUUUAGCUCAUUUUUGUGAAAGUGGUGUGCCAUAUAUAUAGGGGGCUAAUGCUUUACAAGCUUUAACAAUUUAUAAGUUUACUCAUUAGUACAUGAUUGUAAUUGCCUUCUCAGUGAAAGUGAAUCUGUGCUGUUCAUGUUUAAUUAAUAACGUUGACAAAGAUUUUUAUAAAAGUAAAUUCACUUUAUUAGUCAUUCCAUGCAAGUAAUUUUAAGAUGUACGGUAAUAUCUUUUAAAAUACUUUUAAUAUUACUACUGCCACAAAAAUCCAGGAAACAAAAUAAAAAAACGUUAAUACUGACGUCAGAAUGCAAUUUCUUUUUCUUGUUGCAU